UCAGAAAAAUCAAAAUUUAUAAAUGUGAAUAUAUUUCCUUUCCUUUUUGCUUCCUUCCCAUUGUAAAAAUUGUCAUGUGAUCUGUUCAGAUUAAUCGUAACACUGCAAUGCAAUAAAAGGAUUUCGAAUUCCUGUUUUGUUGAUGAGACAAAAUUUCCGGUAGACUCCGAAAGAUAGAUCAUGAGGACCUCCGCGAAUCCGGGAUCAAUUUCCAAGAAUACAAGAGUGGGGCGCAUUGUGAGCCGGACCCCACUUGAUUCGCCCACCUUCGAUGUGACCCAACUGAGCAGCUCCGGGCUGUGCAGCCGAGGGGGCGUCCAACUGCCGCCGCUGAUGCUGAAGGGUCAGAUCCAUCCGAACCAGGUCGCCAACGCCCGAUUCCGGGUGGUGGAGGCCGAUCACAGGCCCCUCAGCGAUCAGCAAUUCAAUGCGCUAAUCAAGCGGCUGGUCAAGUGCUUCAUGUCCGAGGUGGAGAUCACAAAGCGGCUGCGGAAGGUCACCGCCCGCCGGUCGGUUCAUCCGGCGGACCUGCAGCUCAUCCGGCAUCUGGAGGCUCUCCGUCGGAACUACGAGACGGAGCGAUCCGUCCUGGUGGUGAAGCUCAGCCUGGACAGCCGCUUCAGUCUGUACGCCUCUCAGGCAGCGCAGGUUGGGGAAGCCCGGUCGAGCAUGUCCAGCAAAUCCCGGAGGAGCAAUCCUCUAGAGACCCCUUUGAAGAACGAAAACAUACUUGCAACCAAGAGUCUCAAGCUCGGUUACGAUGUGCGCUCAAGGCAUCGGCAAAGUGGAGGAUCUCUGCCCAGAGGAUUGCUCAGAAAACCCAUACUCUGUAAUCAGAUCGAAACUCCUGUAGAUCUGUCCCUUCGUCUCAGGGAGAAGCUUUACAUAUUGCAGGAAACUUCAGAGACUCCCUUAGCACCCGAACAAAUCGAACAGUCCUCCCAAGGCGCACAAACUUUAUUGCCCACUACCAUUUGUGAUUCAACUGUUCAAGUGUCGCCAAGCUCUUCUGACACAUUUUUUGAUAUGGAGGAUUUUUAGAAACGAAACAGGAUUCUUUAUGAUUAUGAUUUGGCUUUUUUUUAUACUGAUUUCUCUUUUUCCUUCGUGCACCUUAAAAGUUAAAUACUAAAAAUAGACAAUAAUUACAAA